AUGUCCAACAUCACCAGCUCGAGCCUUCCCUCCCCGUACAGUGUGGAGCAGCAGUCCGAGGUCUUUCGGGGAGAGCAGUUGCAUUGCCGGGCGUCCGCACAGUGGCGGCUUCCCAUUCAUGCUCCAGCUACUGUGCAGCCGCCCGCGAGCUCAGAGAGGAGUGCCGGUGCCGGAGGCUCGGGAGGGAGGGCCUCGGCGACGCAGUCGUCGCUGCGCCGGGGCCGGCCGGCCGGCGCUUCCAUAGGUGGCUGCGUUUCCGACUUCGCCCUGGCUCCACUCCGGGGGCUUGACGUGCAAACUUCGCCGGAGCGAGCAGAGAGGGAGGGACCGGCGAGGGGGAGGAGGCGACAGGAGGCGCCUCCGCUUAAGGGAGCCGGCCGGGCGCCGCCGCUCGGACGGACUCGCGGACGGAAGGAAGGAGCGGGGCUGCCGGCCGGCCGGGCCGGGAUGCGAGCGGCCGCAGGGUGGGCAGCCGCGGGCGGGGGCGCGGACGGGCUGAGGCCGCGGCGGGGCGGCCUGCGUGCCGGCCUCCCGAGGCGGGCCGGGCCGGGCAGCCAGCGCCGCAGUGGCGGCCGCAGCCGGCGCCCUGCGAGGGCCGCGGGAGGCGAAAGCGAAAGCCAGCGGCGCCGCGGACUUUGCGCCCGGGCGGGGGCGGCGGCGGGGCCCGGGGGGGCCGGGGACUGUCAGCACCACCGGCCUGCGGGCCGCGCACGCCGCCGGAACUCCGCGGCGCCUCCUUAA